UUAUUUGAGGUAAAAAUGAUGCAGUGGUUGGUUAUAGCUCUUGCCUUAUUCGCAGGUAAUAUUAUUGCGUCGACUGCUUCCCGCAUAGUCGGCGGGCAGCUGACGACCAUCGACCGAUACCCAUCUCUUGUGCAAGUGGAAUUUCUGCGCAUCUUCACAUGGAGCCAGUCUUGUGCUGCCAACAUCCUUAACAACUUUUACGUGCUGUCCGCAGCUCACUGCUUUGAGGGCUUAUUUUACGACCGCUCCCGUAGACGUAUACGAGGUGGUGCGACCUUCCGCAACACUGGCGGCGAAGUGAUCGGCAUCGUGCGAGAAUUCAACCACCCCGACUAUGACAUCAUCCCCUCCGAUGCUGACAUCACCGUCGUCCGCUUGAGCGCGCCCAUCAUCUACAACCCAGUGAUGCAGCAGGGAAUGAUUGUGCCUCAGGGCUUUGAGAUUCCUGACAAUAUGCCCGUUGUUCAUGCAGGUUGGGGCGCUACAAGGUGGCUAGGUCUUCAAUCAUCUCAGCUGCAAGAUGUGACCAUUUACACCGUGAACCGCCAGCUCUGUGCCGAGAGGUAUCUAAGCCUCCAUCCUUCUCUCCAAAUCACGGGGAACAUGAUCUGCGCUGGUAUCCUGGACGUGGGAGGCAAGGACGCUUGCCAAGGCGACUCUGGUGGACCAAUGUACUUCGGCGGUGUCAUAGUUGGUAUUGUCUCGUGGGGACACCGGUGUGCCAACGCCACCUUCCCUGGAGUCAGCACUGCUGUUGGACCCUACACUGACUGGAUCGUAUCUACUGCCGUUUAAGAUGGUAUUUAAAAGUAAAUAAAGUUUACGUUGUAUAUGA